AUGCCAUCGCACCCUAUCGAUGAUCUUACUGGAGCUCUUAACUGGCUCACUCAUGGAGAUGAGCUUGAAAAAUACGAGAACCUCAAAUCUCGCUACCACAGGCUUAUUAGAGGCCUCUGCACUAUUAUCGAGAUGGAGUGCAUGUCUGAUUACCAUUACAUUCUUGAAAUCUACGACUCGGCAGUGGCUAUGGGUCUAAAUGUCAUCAACGAAGAUUUUCCCAAGGCUACUACGAAUGAAGACUUUGCUAUCAUUUUCGGCAAAAUGGAGGUCGCAGUGGACAAGCUAGAGGCUGUGGACAGAGUCAUCACUGGAUGCGUCAGCCGUAAACUCUUUCUUCUUCGUUGA